ACAUCUUCCGGAUCAUUUCCAUCCAGCCAUUAAGAACUAUCUCAGUCCUUUAGGUCGUCACGGUGCCGCGGUCGCUCUAACACUUUAUCUUCCUGUUAUUAAUAACAACAAUAAUAGUCUUUGGCCUGUUAUUCGAGAGCACGAUGCAGAAGAGAAGGAAGCCCGAACCAAUCCAACUCAACCCGAUCCCCGAUGGGAAUAUCAUCAACGGCACCGGAGCCACAGAAACAAACUUGGAGGCCCUGCAGAAGAAACUGGAAGAGCUGGAACUGGAUGAGCAGCAACGCAAACGUCUGGAAGCUUUCCUGACGCAGAAGCAGAAAGUGGGAGAGCUGAAGGAUGAUGACUUUGAGAAGAUAUGCGAGCUCGGCGCAGGCAACGGUGGGGUCGUCUUCAAGGUUUCCCACCGGCCUUCCGGUCUGAUCAUGGCCAGGAAGCUCAUCCACUUAGAAAUCAAACCCGCCAUCAGGAACCAGAUCAUAAGGGAGCUUCAAGUGCUGCAUGAAUGCAACUCCCCCUACAUUGUGGGCUUCUAUGGCGCCUUCUACAGUGAUGGAGAAAUUAGCAUUUGCAUGGAACAUAUGGAUGGAGGCUCCUUGGAUCAGUCACUCAAGAAAGCUGGAAAGAUCCCAGAGCAAAUCCUCGGCAAAAUCAGCAUCGCUGUCAUUAAAGGACUUUCCUACCUGAGGGAGAAACACAAGAUCAUGCACAGAGAUGUCAAGCCAUCAAACAUCCUAGUGAACUCCCGCGGUGAAAUCAAGCUGUGCGACUUCGGAGUUAGCGGACAGCUCAUAGACUCCAUGGCCAACUCCUUUGUGGGAACACGAUCUUACAUGUCUCCAGAGCGGCUACAGGGCACCCAUUACUCGGUCCAGUCUGACAUAUGGAGUAUGGGUCUGUCCCUGGUUGAAAUGGCCAUUGGAAGGUUCCCUAUUCCACCGCCUGAUACAAAGGAGCUGGAGCACAUCUUUGGGACUCAGCUGGGAGGUGCAAAUUCUGCAGAGUCCUCACCAAAUGCUGGGCCUACUGGGCGACCUGGCAGCUCUUACGGAUCGGACAGCAGGCCCCCAAUGGCCAUCUUUGAAUUACUUGACUAUAUCGUCAAUGAGCCUCCACCCAAAUUGCCUGGGAUGUUAUUCAGUUCAGAAUUUCAGGACUUUGUCCAUAAAUGCUUGAUCAAGAAUCCCGCUGAAAGGGCAGACCUGAAACAGUUAAUGGUGCACCCUUUCAUCAGACAGUCAGAGGCAGAGCAAGUUGAUUUUGCCGGCUGGUUGUGCACCACCAUUGGCCUCAACCAGCCUGGGACACCCACUCAUGGCUCAGCAAUGUGACCACCAGCAGCUCGAGUACAGUAAGACCUGUGCCCUUUAAUCCUCUAACAGGGUCUCUACAUUUUUUUUCUUAGGAAUUGGGCCAAACAGUGCAAUGAAAUGUAAUGUAUUUUAAUGACAAACCUACAUGCCAAGUGAAAUUACAACCGUUUGACUAAAAUGGGCUGCUUUGCAAGCCUGCCUAAAAAGCCAUCUUUUUCUAUCAAAUAAUGCCAUCUUAAGUGUGCUUAAAGCUCAGAAUUGUUGUUGUGAAAGGUUUGGUGAAAUAAACUGUGAACAUGA